AUGGACAAGGAAGUGACAACAAUUGUUCUGACUGGAAAAGCUGGAGUAGGAAAAACACGGAUGGCGAGCGAGAUCAGCAAACGGGCAAUGGAGGUGGGCAUAUGUUUUGGGACUAUUUGGGUGUUUCCGAAUCCAGGGGAUCUAGAGAAUUUCAGGCCUUAUUGCGUGAGCAUUGCCCAUCAGUUGUCUUCACUUUCUACUGUUGAGGAGUGGGAAGAUCAUAGUACUGUCAUUGAUGAAAAUAUUACUGUCAAUGAAGAAAAGAAGGCAACGGAUGGUGAGACUGGGAAGUCGGGAGAUGACACUGCUUUCAAAGAUGACGAAAAGGAGGCAUCGGAGGAUAGCCUGAAGGAUGGGAUAUCUCGUAAGCUUAAUAAAAUGAGAUCUGACGAGCUUGCUGUGCUUGAGAAAAUGAGAUCUGGUGAGCUUAAGAAAAUGAUGCGUGAGAAAAAGGAUCGUUUAUCUGAGAAAAAGGAUCAAAUAUCAGAGAAAGAGAUAGCGAAAAUGAAAUCUGAAAUAUCAGAAAAGGAGAAAAUGAUAUCUAAAAUAUCAUCUGAAAUAUCAGAAACGGAGAAAAUGAUAUCUAAAUCAGAAGAACUGAAAAUGAAAAUUGAAGAAUGGACGUGUCUAGUAAUUCUAGAUGGUUUUCCUGAAGAGACGAAAGAAAAUGAAAUAAUUAGACACAUUAUGCUGCUUUCUGAUGAUAAUAAAGUAUUUAAGUUUUUAAUCACUAAAGUGACUGAGCAAGUGUCUGAGACUGGGAGCAACAAGAAAGUGUCUGAUACUGGGAGCAACAAGAAAGUGUCUAAGCCUGAGACUGGGAGCAACAAGAAAGUGUUUAAGAUUGAACCCUUGUCUGAUGAUGAUUCUUCGUCUCUAUUGUGGAAGAAUGUCAAGGAAAUGGGAAAGAAAGUCAAGAAAGUCAAGGAAAAGGAUCAAGGCCAUCCAGAUUUUGAAACAUUGUAUAAAGAAAUUGCUAAAAAGAGCGAGGGUCUGCCAGCUAUAAUCCUUAUGAUAGCGGCAGCCUUAACUCAUAUUGAGGAAGACGAUUUCGAUUCGAGAGUUUGGAUGUUGAAAGGUGCUCUGGAUGAACCAGAAUCCACGCUACUGGGCUAUGUGUAUGACAUGUUGGCUUGCACUGAUAUGGCUUUGAUGAAUUGUUGUUGGCAAAGUAGGCAAUUAUUUCAUAAAUUUGGAGGCAUCAAUUAUGAGGAGUUGAUAGCUUGCUGGAUACUCGAAGGAUAUAUUGAUGUUAAUGAUCAGUUUGACAAGGCAUAUGAAGAGGGACAUUGUGUUUUGAUGAAGCUUAUAGAUCGUGGCAUACUGAAAUUACGCGUAGAUAGUCUUGUUACCAUGGAAGGACUAGCACUUACUGUUCCUGAUGAGCAUUGCCAUGGUUGCCGGACGUCAAGCUUGGGAUUGGCUAGUGUUGCUGAUGAUCAUUGCCAUGGUCGGGGGAUAUCGAGACUGGGAUUGGCUAGUAUUCUUGAGUACGGAAAGGAGCUAGGCAUUGGGCGAGUUGCACCAGGGGAAGGCGUGAUAAAAACACCAUACGGUCCUAAAAGUUGGAACAAAGUUUCCACACUGUUGAUAGAUGGAAGUCGUUUCUCCGGGGAAAUCCUUGACACAAUGUUUCUUCAGCCCAUGAAGAAUCUCCAAGUUCUUGCCAUUUUCAAUCCCAGAUUCACGUCACUUCCCAGGUUUUUGUCUGAAUAUACUAAUCUUCGCUUGCUUGUGCUCAGGGGUUGUGAUCGAUUGGAUAAAAUUGAUCAAAUCAAAAACCAUGAAGAUUUAAUCGUUCUGGAAAUAUCUGGUGCUAGCUCCUUGAAGAAUAUUCCAGAUGAUUUUUUCCUGAAGAUGAAACAACUUGAAAGCCUCAACCUCUCUGCAGUCCCGUUUCAAUCACUGCCUUCUACACUUUCCAAGCUAACUAAACUACGUCGUCUCAUCCUUGAAAGAGUGUUCUGA